AGUGUAGCCCCAGCAGUGCCACAUAUCAGUGUCCAUCAGUGCCUUAUGUCAGUGCUCAUCAGUGCCUCGUGCCAGUGCCCAUCAGUGCCACAUAUCAGUGCCUACCAUCAGUGCCACCUAUCAAUGUCAAUCAGUGCCACCUAUCAGUGCUGCCAAUCAGUGCCACCUAUCAGUGCCAACUAUCAGUGCCAGUCAGUACUGCCUAUCAGUGUGCAUCAGUGCUGCCUAUCAAUGCCUGUCAGUGCCGCCUAACAGUGCCAGUCAGUG